AUGAUAAAGCCACUGUCUUGGACAGAAAGUGGGCAAUCAGUCCUAAAACUGAAUAUCCGUCACCUGUGGCUCUUGGGAGUGUGGCCGAUGGAUGAUUCUUCUUCUGUGUUCAAACUGUACACCGGCUUCACAUUCGCAGUGGGUGUCUGGAGCGUUGCGGAAUGCCUGUUGGCUGUUUACUUCAGUUGGGGCCACAUUGAGGAAACUACUCUAGUGUUGAUAUUCACUUCGACGUGCAGCUGCGGCAUCAUCAAGAUUGUUUUCUUCGUGCGCAACCCGCAGAGCUACAGCCUCAUGGUGCGGGAAGUGGCUGGUCUCAUGGCGCUACAGAACGGAGCCAGCUCCAAGGACCCCGCGCUGGCGGCCAUCCUACACGACUCCCACAAACACGCGUUCCGCAUUACUAGGGGCAUGCUGCUCUUCAUGUUCUCGCAGUGCUUCAUCUGGUAUCCUAUCCCCAUUGCUGCGCACGCAGGAGAGCGACGUCUGCCAUUUUCACAGCACGGGUGGGACAACAACAGUAACUUCUACGAACUCUCUUACACUCUGCAGUGCGUGUCUGGUCUGUACAUGAGCCAGAUCAGCUUCGGUCUGGACUGUCUGUUUGCGUCCAUCAUGAUCCUCGUGGCUGCACAGCUGAAGAUCCUCAGAAGACGCAUUUUAAAGUUGCACAAGGAAGUGAUCUCUGCCGAUGGAAACGAUAGUUUUUGUCGGUGGGCUCAGAUGCCGGCAGAUAAAUGCUAUGAUAAUAUGUACGAAAGAUUGUGCCUUUGCAUCGACAGCCACCAAAAUAUUCUCAGGUUCGUCAAGCACCUGCAAGUUACCAUGAGCCCCAUAGCAAUGACGCAGUUUGCGAGCAGUGUAGUCAUCGCAUGCAUGGCACUCUUUCAAUCGACUUACGGUGAGGACAUUAGUGCUGCGCUGAAGUGCGCUUCUUACCUUCCAAUUCCAGGAGGGCAGGUAUACCUCUACUGCUGGGCAGCUAACAGCGUGACCGAAAACGGAGAGUCGGUUUCCACGGCGGCUUACAGCUGCCCCUGGGUGGAGUGCAGCGCGAGAUUCAAGCACGCUCUGAGAAUCCUCAUCGUCCGCGCACAGAAACCGCUGGUUCUCACCGCUGGACACCUCUACCCCAUCAACAGGGGUGCCUUUCUCUCGCUGCUGAAUGCCUCCUACUCCUACUACGCUCUGCUGGGCCAAAUCAACAAACGCCAGAUGAAGGACUCGGCGCAGGGAAGUUAA